AUGGCCCCUCCAGAUAUCGAGAACAAACCAGCCAAGGGCAUCUCCUACUUUACUCCUGCCCAGGAACCUCCGGCGGGAACCGCGAACCCCGACGCAUCACCUCCCAAGCUCUUCCAGCCCUUCAAAGUGCGAGGCCUGACCUUUCACAAUCGGAUUGGCCUCUCUCCACUCUGUCAAUACAGUGCCGACGAUGGACACAUGACGGACUGGCAUAUGGCUCAUUUGGGCGGUAUCGCCCAGCGCGGACCCGGCUUCCUCAUGGUAGAAGCAACGGCCGUGCAAGCAAAUGGUCGCAUCACCCCUCAAGACCACGGUCUCUGGAAGGACUCGCAGAUCGAGCCCCUCCGCCGGGUCGUCGAGUUUGUGCACAGCCAGAGUCAAAUUAUUGGCGUCCAACUCGCCCAUGCAGGCCGAAAAGCCAGCACCGUCGCGCCAUGGCUUAGCAUGGCGGACAUGGCGACCGAGAAGGUUGGCGGAUGGCCCGACAACGUCAAGGGACCCACCAACACGCCAUUCCACGACAAGUUCCCCACGCCCAAGGCGAUGACUGCGGCCGAGAUCGAACAGUUCAAGAAAGAUUGGGUAUCGGCCGUCAAACGCGCUGUCAAGGCCGGUGUGGAUUUUGUGGAGAUUCACAAUGCCCACGGAUACCUGCUUAUGAGCUUCCUGUCCCCCGCGACGAACGAUCGUACCGAUCAGUACGGUGGCAGCUUCGAGAAUCGAAUUCGGCUGUCGCUGGAACUCGCCCAGUUGACUCGCGACAAUGUACCCAAGGACAUGCCCAUUUUCUUGCGCGUGUCCGCGACCGAUUGGUUGGAAGAAUCUAUGCCGGAUCAACCCAGCUGGCGCGUUGAAGACACCGUGCGGUUCGCAAAAGUGCUCGCCGAGAGCGGCAAUGUCGAUGUCCUAGAUAUCAGCAGCGGAGGCAACCACCAGAAGCAGCACAUCCAUGCCAAGGCCGCAUUCCAGGCGCCCUUUGCCAUUGAGGUGAAGAAGGCGGUUGGAGAUAAGCUGAAGGUUGGCACGGUCGGCAUGAUCAAUGACGGCCAUUUGGCGAAUUGCCUGUUGGAACAUAACGAUCUGGACUUUGUGCUGGUCGGGCGCGGGUUCCAGAAAAAUCCCGGUCUGGUAUGGACGUGGGCAGAGGAAUUGGAUGUUGAGAUCUCCAUGGCCAACCAGAUCCGAUGGGGCUUUAGUAGUCGCGGUGGUGGUGUUUACUUGAAGAAGCGACAGGAGAAGAUGUAG